CAACCACACGGCAUUGAAACCUCGACGAGCAACAAAAUUCCCAUGUCGGCUGACGAGGCUGAUGCCGCCGGAGCAGACGACGCCGGCGAGCUCCUCGUCUGGCCGUGGACCGGCAUUCUCUCCACGACCGCCGCUGAUGAGGACGCCGACGCCGCGGCCACCCUCGCCUUCCACGCCCAUCGGCGCUUCGCCGGCGUCGCAACCACCGCGCUCCGGGAGGAGCCAACCACCCACCAGCAUCGCCAGCAACACUUCUUGCUGCUCCACUUCGGCAAGAGCUGGGCGGGCCUCCGGGACGCCAUGUCGCUGGCCGCCUACUUCACCGGCGCCGGGAGGAGGAAGUGGCAGCGGCGCGGCGAGGGCGACGCCGGCUGCGUCUUCGGCUGGGCGGCCGUGCGAGAGGACCUCAUCGGCGACGGCGCGGUCGGGAGGUUCCUGAGGGAGUCCGGCACCGCGGCGAGGAGCGUGGAGGACAUCGAGAAGGACGAGGCCAGCGCCGCCGUCAUGCUCGGCGCCGUCGCCAGCGAGUACCAGAGGAGGGAGAGGUUCUUGGCCGCCAAGAACGAGGAGAUGGCCAGGGUGGUCCAGAGGAUGGAGGAGGAGAGCAACAGGCUCCACAGCGAGCUCAAAGAGCUAAAAGCCGUAGCAGACAAUACCCUGCUAGAGAUGUUCCGUGGCGCCGAUGAGGAGAACAAUAAGCUCAGGGCAGAGCUGGAUGCGAUCAAGGGAGAGGUCAAGUUGAGGGUGGACAGAAUCCAGGAGCUCAAGGAAUGCAGAACCGAACUGCACUGCAGCAAAGUGGAGAAGCUAGUUAUCGAGGUCAAUUCAUUGGACAUGGCAGAUAGGAAGCCCGAGGCGAGUGACCAUGCUCAAAUGCUUCAUGAUAAAUAUAAGGAAGAGAUGGAAGCCAUCAACGCAAAAGUAAUUCAACUUGAGAAGCAGCUGGAGCAAAAGGAAGCACAAGAGUCUGCAAUAUGUCUGCUGAACACGAAACUACAGGCAGAGGAAAACUUGAAGGAAGCAUAUGGACAUCUGCAUAAAUUAGUGACAAUUUCAAAAGAGUGUCUAGAGCAAGAACGUGAAAGGUUUCAAAAUGUAUACAUUGACCUAGCACAACGAGAUCAGCUGAACAGAGAUGAGCUUCAAGAGACCCGCCAAGAAGUGAUCAAGUGUUUGGAGAGCAUGAUGAUCAGCGAUUUCACAGUUAUAGGGAUCAAAAGGAUGGGACAACUUGAUGAAAAGCCCUUUCACCAUGCGUGCAAGAGGAAGUACAGUGACAAUGAUCCAGACGGCAAAGCAGCAAGGUUGGUCUCAAGUUGGCAAGAGGAACUCAAGAACAAAUCCUGGAAUCCCUUUACCACUUUUUUGGUUGAUGGAGAAGAAAAGGACGUUGUGAAUGAAGAUGAUCCAAAAUUGAGACAGUUAUGGACCGAGUACGGUGACAAUGUCUGCAACGCAGUGAAGGUUACCCUGACAGAGCUCAACGACUACAGUCCUCGGGGACGGCAUGCAGUGAAUGAGCUCUGGAAUUUCAGGGAAGGGAGGAAGGCAACAAUGGCAGAGGUGGUGAAGUAUAUUUUCGAGCAGCUGAAGACAAGCAGUUAAUGGUGGAAUAUGGGUUGAAGCUAUGGCACGUCUCAAGCUAUGGCACGUCUCACAUCUAGAGGUCUCGACGUAAACGUCCUGCAGGGUCUGUCUGUUUUGCUCUUUGCAUAUAGGACAGGCACCAGUCUGCUAUGUAUUUGUAAGUCAUACCACUGUAGGCUGCAACAUCAUGCUACUUCUCUCCUAACCUGUAACAUUAACGGAACUUUGUAUCCCUGUUUCCGUUUUUGUACUAUUAGACAUCAGUCAUGUGCAAUUUGGGUCGUUAACACUAGUUCUAGUCCAGUGUUAGUAGUUGCCUCAUAAAGGAGAUUUCCUUAUGAAAUAAUCAUUCCAAAAGAUGGACCCAUGUCAGAACUUAUUUCACUACGGACCUAGUGGUUAUCCAUUAAUCUCUUAAUGCCAUAAACAUGUAGUGACAAGAACCCAUAAAUAGUUGUGCUAUAUAAAUGAUGCAGGAAACCGUAGACAUGGGUAGUCUAUAUCAAGUGAUGGGUGUAGACUCU